UUAAUAUCGCGAGAAGGUUUAUUAUAAGGAAGUGAGAUCACAGAUUAAAAGUUUUCUUAAAGAAUGCGUAGAUCCGUCAAGACUUUUAAAGACUUUCUGGAUUAAUUGAGAAAGCAGGGAGUAGGAGAGGGUCACCACGCCCUCCUCUUACAGCUUCUACAGCUGUGUUUUAUAACACCCGUGUCCUCGUGUGAAUGUUGGAGUUAUAAAUAAUGCAGUUGCUUGCUGUCCGUUGCCGUGUAUUUUUAACGCCCGCGUCUAAGCGGAGCUGCUACGCGUUAAACACGGAGAGCGGAACUCAGUGGCUACAGGCACACAGAUCCAAAACAACAAACCCGAACAACUUCACCGACUACGACAGUCUGGUGCACUUACCCAAACCGCACAUUCCUCCGUUCUUCAACUUCGCUAAAGAUGUGCUCGACGUCUGGGAAACUACAGAAAAGGCAGGUGGGAAGUCGUCUUGGCCCGCUCUGUGGUGGGUUAAUGAUAGAAACGAAGAGAUCAGAUGGAGUUUUGAGGAGCUGGGCUACUACUCUAGACAACUAGCUAAUGUUUUGAUUGAUGAAUGCGGUUUGGUAAGAGGAGAUCGAGUCCUUCUCAUCCUGCCAAGAGUCCCAGAGUGGUGGCUGGUCAAUAUUGCCUGCCUCAGAACAGGUACAGUUCUCAUCCCUGGAACAUCCCAGCUUACAGCCAGAGACAUCCUGCAUCGGUUACAGGUCUCCCAAGCAAAGUGUCUGAUCACAGAUGAGAGUAUGGCACCACUAAUGGAGGCUGUGACUCCACAGUGUCCCACACUGACUUCUAAGCUUCUGCUUUCCAACAAAGAGCGACCAGGAUGGGGCAACCUUACAGCAGUAAUGGGGAGUGCUUCUGCUGAACACGUCUGCGUGGACACGAGGAGUGACGAACCUAUGACCAUCUUCUUCACCAGUGGAACCACUGGGUCUCCCAAAAUGACGGUUCACAGCCACUGUAGCUAUGGCCUAGGGCUCACCGUCAAUGGCAGGUACUGGUUAGAUCUUACUGAUGGUGAUGUGUUUUGGAACACCUCGGAUACAGGCUGGGCUAAAUCUGCAUGGAGCAGUGUAUUUGCUCCGUGGACUCAAGGAGCGUGUGUGUUCACACACCAUAUGCCACGCUUCAGUACCAACACUGUCCUCAAGACUCUCUGCAGGUAUCCCAUCAGCACUUUCUGCACUGCUCCAACAGCUUAUCGGAUGUUAGUACAGGAGGACCCAUCCAGGUUCCAGUUUCAGGCUCUGGAGCACUGCCUGUGUGCAGGAGAACCCAUUAACCCUGAGGUGAUGAGUAAAUGGAGAGAGCUCACAGGCCUUGAUAUCUAUGAGGGAUAUGGGCAGACUGAGACUGUUUUGAUUGCUGGCACUUUCAAAGGUAUGGAAAUUAGACCUGGUUCUUUUGGCAAAGCAUCACCAGCUUAUGAUGUGCAGGUUAUAAAUGAAGAAGGAAAUAUUGUUGCUCGGGGAACAGAAGGAAAUCUGGCUAUCAGAGUGAAACCAGAUAGACCAUUCUCUCUCUUCACUGAGUACAUGGGAGAGCCAGAGAAAACAGCAGAUUGUUUCCGUGGCGAUUUCUACCUCACAGGUGACAGAGGUAUAAUGGACCAGGACGGAUAUCUGUGGUUUGUUGGCAGAGCUGAUGAUGUCAUACUGUCUGCAGGAUAUCGUAUUGGCCCAUUUGAGGUGGAGAAUGCUUUAAUAGAACAUGACGCUGUGGCUGAGUCAGCUGUGGUCAGCAGUCCUGACCCAGUCAGAGGAGAGGUAGUGAAGGCAUUUGUUGUGCUUACUUCAGAACAUAAACACAGAGACCAAAAUGAACUAAUUAGACAACUGCAGACACAUGUGAAGAAGGUCACAGCUCCAUAUAAAUACCCUCGCAAGAUUGAGUUUGUGGACCAGCUUCCCAAGACCGUGAGUGGUAAAAUUCGGAGAGUGGAACUGAGGAAGAAGGAAUGGGGACUGCCAUAACUACCAUAACUGCAUCCUGGUGUUAUUUUUCAGCAGCAUUUAAACUUCCAAUACAGGACAUAUAAUCCACAGAACUUGGACUGGACACCAGUGACGAAUGGUAUCAUUUUAAACAAACUGUGACACAUACUGACAUUUAUUACAGGACCCUAGUGAACAUAAAUAAAUUAAAAUUCCAGUUCAGAUGAUGAUGUGAUCUAAGAAUUAAGGUCAACUGUCAUCUGGACUGGCAUCAAGGUAUCUGACUUUCUGUAUAAUUCUCAAGGUACUUCAAACAUAAGGACAACUUGUAAUUUUAGUCAGGUAUGAAUAUUUUAUUCAAAGUCAGGCUUUCUCAUAUUUUAUUAAGAAAUUUUCAACCUAUUUUUAUCUACCACAUCUUUAUAUGUAUAUGUGUAAUAACCACGGACAAGAUUUUUGAUGUUUUCCUGAAAAGAGCUGAAAACCUGUGUAUGUGGAACACACUCACUCACUAUGUGUUGAGCGUAAUGGCUUUAAAUUUGCUUUAUUCAUUUGUUCAUUCAUCUUCAGUAAUUGCUUUAUUCUGGUCAGGGUUGCCUUAGAGCCAGAACCUAUCCUGUGUACACACUCUUUCACUCAUUCACUCCUAGGUGUAAUGUACUGCAGCCAAUCCACCUACUGGCAUACCAUAGUUUUUGGCAGGAAGCCGGAAAAACAUGGGAAGAACAUGGAACAGAGAAACACCACACAGACGGUAACCUAAGCUCAGGAUCAAACCAUAGAGCUGUGAGGUGACAAUGCUACCUGCUGCACCACCAUGCCACCCAAUUAGCAUUAUAUAGUCACAUAUUUAAAAUGUUUAUUGACCUUUGACUUUUUUACA